GUCCCAAAGAAGAGCUGAACCCACCUGAUGAUAUUUGAAGACAAUCCGCUCCACAUUUCACCCAAGUGACGAUAAAUAUAAUCUACCUCUACCGUGAUAUUUUUGGUAACUUGUCAUUGUUGUCAGUAACUUAUUUUUUGCGAGUUUGCGUUUAGUUUCACAUCAGGUUUGGGUCAAGUCGAGCACAGUGAAAGCAUAAUCAGCUCAGAAAUUGUUUUUUGCACUAAUAAGACCCGAGAGAAUGCACACUACGCAGAAGGACACGACUUAUACCAAGAUUUUUGUGGGAGGUUUGCCAUACCAUACAACUGACUCGAGUCUGAGGAAAUAUUUCGAGGUGUUCGGAGAAAUUGAGGAGGCCGUUGUGAUUACUGACAGACAGACUGGCAAGUCCAGAGGCUAUGGAUUUGUGACAAUGGCGGACCGGUCGGCCGCAGACCGGGCAUGUAAAGACCCCAACCCCAUCAUCGACGGCAGAAAGGCCAACGUCAACUUGGCAUACCUGGGGGCCAAGCCGAGGGUGAUGCAACCAGGCUUCACCUUCGGUAUGCCCCAGAUCCAUCCUGCCUUCAUCCAAAGACCUUAUGGGAUCCCGGCGCACUAUGUGUACCCACAGGCCUUCAUGCAGCCCAGCGUGGUGAUCCCGCACGUGCAGCCUAGCGCCGCGCCCAGUGCCUCGGCCGCCUCCUCGCCCUACAUCGACUACACGGGCGCCGCCUACGCCCAGUACAGCGCCGCAGCCAGUGCAGCCGCCGCCGCCGCCGCCUACGAGCAGUACCCCUACGCCGCGUCCCCGGCCGCCACGGGCUACGUCACCACGGCCGGCUACGGCUACGCCGUGCAGCAGCCCCUGGCCACCGCCACGCCGGGCUCAGCUGCAGCCGCCGCCGCCGCGUUCGGCCAGUACCAGCCACAGCAGCUGCAGGCGGACCGCAUGCAAUAACAGCAAAGGCAUCAGACAUCCAGGCAGCGGAGCGGAGGUGAGAUGAGAUGAGGUGAGCUGAGCUGAGGGGGCGAAGGGGGUGGAGGUGCUAUCUUAUCUAUCUAUUCACCUCCAACCAUCCUCCCCAUUAGUCUCCCCAUCGCCUGUCCACCCACCGUCUGCCACCUUCAGCUCGCUACUGAUUGGCCAUUGGACGAGGAAGAGAGAGAAAUAACAAAGGAAGUGGAUGCUGAUUGGCUGGGACCGCCGCCCGUCAGCAAAGGGAAGGUGGUGCUUGGUAGAUUGUUUUGGCACCAGUGGACUGGUGAGGUGGGAAUUUGUAGCUUUCCAACUUGCUGUGUUUUUUUCUUCCAAAAAAAAAAAGAAAAACAAA